UAAACCCAUACGCAUCUCCCUCACAACCCACAAGAGCUUAUACAGUUUCUCUCCCUUCAGAAAAUGAGUCUUUCCAAAAUCCUAUUUAUUUUCUUCUCCCUUUCCAUCACUCUCUGCUUCGGUCUAGCUCAUUCAGCUAGAUUUGAAAUAACAAACAAUUGCCCGUUCACAGUUUGGGCCGGGGCUGUGCCCGGUGGUGGCAAGCAACUCUAUCAAGGUGAAACAUGGAACCUUGAAGUUAAUGCUGGCACUAAAGGGGCUCGUAUUUGGCCUCGAACAGGGUGUGAUUUCGAUAAUUCUAGCAAUAGCACUUGCCAGACAGGUGACUGUGGCGGGCUCCUCGAAUGCCAAGCCUAUGGUGUAUCGCCGAACACCCUUGCCGAAUACGCACUAAACCAAUUUAGCAACUUGGACUUCUUUGAUAUCUCUCUUGUUGAUGGGUUUAAUGUUGCCAUGGAAUUUAGCCCCACGACUAAUGGGUGCACAAAGGGUAUAAGAUGUACUGGUGAUAUCAAUGGGCAGUGCCCCAAUGAGUUGAGGGUUCCAGGUGGCUGUAAUAAUCCCUGUACUGUCUUCAAGACCAACGAAUAUUGCUGCAAUUCCGGAAGCUGCGGACCUACGAAUUUUUCUAAAUUUUUCAAGGAGCAAUGCCCCGGUGCUUAUAGUUACCCACAGGAUGACCCAACAAGCACAUUCACGUGCCCUGGAGGGACUAACUACAAGGUUGUCUUCUGCCCUUGAGGUAGUACUUCAAGAGGAAGGAAACAGAUAAUAAUAUGCGAUGUCAUAAAAGGUUAAAGGCUUUGUGAGCACACGUACGUACACGUGGGCAGAAGUCAUAUUAGUAAUAAACUCAUGUUUGCAGUACAACUACGAUUUUCAUUUUUAGUGAACCAGGCAUGUUUGCAACUCUCUCUAUAUGUUAAUAUUUAUUUUGGCUGAUGAUUAAUCAAGUAUACA